GAAUGAUUGGUCGUUUGCCUCAUUCUUGUCUCAACCUCUCUUCUUCGUGACAUAAUAGCUACACCUACGGUAACAGCAGGUCAGAUCUAAGUAUAUUCCAGCAUGCCCUCCUCUGCUGUUGCUGCGGAUGAUGAUGAUCUAGAAUCGCAUCGAGUGAAUCUCUUUCUCCACGCCGAAAAUGUGCGUCUCUUUGACAUUGACCAAAAAGAUCGUCAGUUACCCGUGACACUGGUGACAGGAUUUUUGGGCAGUGGCAAGACGACCCUGCUGCGACACAUUCUCACCCACAAGUCCAAUCUGAGGAUUGCAGCCGCCGUCAAUGACUUUGCCGAAUUGAAUAUUGACGAGAAUUUCAUUCGAAACAAUGCCACGGGGACUGCCAGCCGGGUUGUGGAACUCUCCAACGGUUGUGUCUGUUGUCACUUGCUGGACGAUCUGCAACUGGCCGUAUGGAAAUUGCUGGGAGGAGGACAACAACAACAAAAUAGCAACAGUAGUAGUGAGAAUGAUUGGACAUUGGAUGCCAUCAACUAUCUGCUGAUUGAAACAUCCGGCAUCUCGGAUCCUCUUCGCAUCAUUCGAACAUUGGAUGCCAAAUUUGGAAAGUGCUUUCGGGCCAGACUGGAUUCUGUUGUCACGGUGGUGGAUGCGGAUCAAAUGCUCUCAUCCCCUUCCACAUCCACAACCGCACUCGCACAACUCAAGUACGCCGAUGUCAUUCUCCUCAACAAGACAGAUCUACUUCCAGAUCCAGACAGAGAUUGUCAAAUCUUGCAAGAACAAAUAAGGUCCAUCAAUGACAAGGCCAAAAUUCAUCCAACACGUCAUUGCAAAAUACCAUUGUCGUUUAUUAUGGACGUACAAAUACCAUCAUCAUCAUAUUCAUCACAACCAUCUCCCAUUACACACGAAGUAUCGGCAGUGCCCAUUUACGUGUCUGCCACUGGAGGAGCGCUUCGUUCAUCCGCAUCCUUGGCCAUCUCUGAACAACCGCAACAAUCACAUCCAUCCCAUCUACAAGCAGACCAGUUCGUAUCCACUUCCGUGACGCUCUCGGAUCGACCAUUGUCGCUACAGAAAUUACAACAAUUCAUUACCUCGCCGGCUGUGCAAACACUGGCACGAAUCAAGGGUGUCGUAUGGAUACAGGGCGGUUCUCUGGAACAAUAUCGAUGCAUUCUGCACUUGAGUGGACGAGGUCGUUUGGGAUUUCAGUUGGAAGGAAGAUGGACGGGACCUCCCACCACGGAAAUGGCAUUCAUUGGGCGACACGACAAAAACAACGACGCUACAACAACGGGCCAUUAUUUGGAAUCGCUAGAGACUGACUUUGGCAACUGCAGAAUCCUCCAAGACAACGAAGAAGAAUCCGUGCCAACAGACGACAAUGACAACGUCGACAUGAUGGAAAUCCUCCAACAGAGUCCAGAGUUUGUCAUGGUGGCGAACAAUAGCAGUAUUGAGCAAGAGAAUCAUCACGAUUCUUCCGUGGUGCACUUUCGCUUGACUGGAAGCCAGGUGUACGGAUACACGGAAGAAGAAAUUGAGCGGGAUCUUCGUAUAGACACGGAUGCCAUGAACCGAGAUUUGGUCGAUGCCGUCAAUGCCAGUGUGGAGCAACCAAAGGCGUUUCUCACAUACUCGUUGCACACCACCAUGACUUCCGAUUGCGGCAAGGCAAGAGAAAGAGUGGUCUUGUGCUAUGGCGGGAGGGGUCAACCUGCCAACAAUUUACAAGUGCUCAUGAGAGAAGCAAAGGAGACAUUGGCAGUUCAUUUCCGCAAUGUGCAAGUCUGCAAGUGUGGAAUGUAACAGCAUAAUUCUAAUAGCCAUUACGUUAGUUGGCACAUA